AAUCUCAACUUGUUUUUUCCAGUGACUCAGAUAACCCGGCCCUGCUUGGAAGAUCAGCACCUUUUCAAGCAAACCCGGUGAACCACCCGCGGUUGCGACAGGGGGUGCAGGAGCCGCCUGGUUAUUGGUCCGCGCGCCGACCUCCACCCACGAGCGCCACCGUCUCGCUUCUCCGCCCCGGCACCUCCUCCUCGGUCCUGAGCCUCGCAGGUCCUCCGCGUCAGUCGCUGACAGCCGCGGCGCUACGAGCUUCUACUCCGAGAGGCAGGACUCCUGAAUAUAUUUGAAAACCGAACAAUUUCAGCCAAGCCAACAGAUUGUCUUCCCGGAGGCACAAAUCCAGCUUAGAUAUAAGCCAUCAUGGUGAAAAGCCACAUAGGCGGCUGGAUCCUGGUUCUCUUUGUGGCCACUUGGAGUGACGUGGGCCUCUGCAAGAAGCAACCAAAGCCUGGAGGAGGAUGGAACCGUGGCGGGAGCCGAUACCCGGGACAGGGCAGUCCUGGAGGCAACCGCUACCCACCCCAGGGCGGUGGCGGCUGGGGCCAGCCCCACGGCGGCGGCUGGGGUCAGCCCCACGGCGGCGGCUGGGGUCAGCCCCAUGGUGGCGGCUGGGGACAGUCCCAUGGCGGAGGCUGGGGUCAAGGUGGUGGCACCCACAAUCAGUGGAACAAGCCCAGUAAGCCGAAAACCAGCAUGAAGCACAUGGCAGGAGCUGCUGCGGCGGGGGCCGUGGCCGGGGGCCUCGGCGGCUACAUGCUGGGGAGUGCCAUGAGCAGGCCCCUCAUGCAUUUCGGCAACGACUAUGAGGACCGUUAUUAUCGUGAAAACAUGUACCGUUACCCCAACCAAGUGUACUACAAGCCCGUGGAGCAGUACAACAACCAGAACAACUUUGUGCAUGACUGCGUCAACAUCACCAUCAAGCAGCACACUGUCACCACCACCACCAAGGGGGAGAACUUCACUGAGACCGACGUCAAGAUAAUGGAGCGCGUGGUGGAACAGAUGUGUAUCACCCAGUACCAGAAAGAGUCCCAUGCAGCUUUCCGAAGGGAUGCGAGUACGAUCCUCUUCUCCUCCCCUCCAGUGAUCCUGCUCAUCUCUUUCCUCAUUUUCCUAAUAGUGGGAUGAGGCCGGCCUUCUCUUUCCACCAUCUUCUUCAUCUUUUACCAGGUUGGGGGAGGGGUAUCUACCUGCAGCCCUUUAGUGGUGGUGUCUCAUUCUUACUUCUCCCUUAGUCACCCAUAGGCUAAUACCCUUGGCACUGAGAGCACAGGGAAAUACGGCGCAGGCCUGGUACGCUAUGUAUUCAAGUCCCAUUUGAUUGAGUCUUUCAUGGGCCAGUGUGAGUGCCAGGCUGGUUAGAGUGUAACAGCAAAUAAUCAUUGGUUGAUCUAGGCCUCUUUUUUGUCUAGUGGCAAUGGAUUGAGGCUAAAACAAUUCUCACAACAUACCUUUGCCUACAUACCUCCAACUCCUUCCCCAGCCAGAGCUCAGUACGCUAAUGCCCCAUCCUAGUUAGCAGUGAUUUUUGUAGCAAUUUGGACACAUUUUCUCAUUCAUUUUAAGAGAGCAUUUAAGCAUUAAGAAAUGCAUAAGACUGCAUUUCCCUGUUCAAACAGCAUUUCUAUCAAAUUUGGAAGGAGGCCACAUCAUAUUCAUUCAAAUAACAAACCUAGAAAUCCUUAGCUCUUGGGCCCAGGCUCAGCCCACUGGAGAGCAUGUGAGCUGUGUCUGCAGAGAACUGUGACAGUGUUUUGCAUUUUGCAAUACAGGUUACACAGCAGCUACUACAUCAAGAGUAAAUAUUCAUGCAACAUGAAUAUUCACGCAAGAGUAAAUAUUCAGUAAAUAUUCACACAACAUUUUCAUAGGGAAUGAACAUAACAUAAUAUGAAAGGCUUCUGGAACUAAAACUAUCCAACAUUUGGGAGUGGUGCCCUUGGAGGGUAGAGGUUGAAAGCACCUACCUGUGGCAUUCCUUUCUUUAGUUACAUACAUUAUAGAUAAUUAAGGCAGUUAAAAAUUAAGUUACUGUCUGGACACUAACAACUUUGUUCGUUUACUAGAAAUGGGAAUGAUUUCGAUACUGGGUAAAGCCAGGAGAUUUUAACAUAGAGGAAGAGCAGCUGUAAAAAACUCCAUUCUCAGACAAUUGUGUAAUGAAGAAAAUGAUCAGUGUACAAAGAAAAAUGCUUGCAUUUCUUCGUUGCUGUCUCACAAUUGUCAAAAACCAGAAUUAGGUUGAGUCCUUCAUUUCUGUAAUUGGCCUUUGAAUCAAAGAACAGGGAGUCAAUCCAAAAAAACAAAAAAACAAAAAACACCUUAGGUUGCAAAUAUGAUCCAUUCAGAGUGGAACAAGAAAUUCUGUUACUGUAAUUUAAGUGAGGUAAAAUUAUUCCCUGGAUUGUUCAAUAUUGUCACCUAGUAGAUCUAUAUUACUAUUCUGCAAUGUUAUUGGCUUGCAUUGUGGGGGUAUUCUGUGUAAAAUAUAUAUAUAUUACAUAUGACAAACUUAGAAAUUUUGGUUAGAGCAGUUAACAUCUAAAGUAUCUAAUGCAUUUACCUGUUUUGUAAGCUACUAAAUACUUAAUAUGUGGGAAACCCUUUUGCGUGGUCCUUCGGCUUGCAACGUGCACUGAAUAGUUUUGUAUAAGGAUCCAAAGUGAUCUUUGAAAUAUGCAUGUACUUUAUAUUUUCUAUAUUUGUAACUUUGCAUGUACUUGUUUUGUUGUAUAAAAAAUUUAUAAGUGUUUACUAUCUGACUACAAUUAAACAGGAGUUGAAAUGAA